UUUUAGUCUGCGAGUCGCCGCCAUUACGACCUCACUUGUUAGGCUGACAUACAUUCAUGGCAGAUGAGGCUGAACUCUUGGAUUAUGAGGACGAAGAGCAAGAGACCGUUCAAGAACCAAGGCCCAACGGAGAGGCACCUGCUAAGAAAGGUGUGAAGGGCGCUUAUGUCACCAUCCACAGUUCGGGUUUCCGUGACUUCAUCCUUAAACCAGAGUUGUUGAGAGCCAUCGUUGACUGUGGCUUUGAACAUCCAUCAGAAGUCCAGCAUGAAUGUAUUCCUCAGGCGAUUUUAAGUAUGGACGUUUUGUGUCAGGCAAAAUCCGGUAUGGGAAAGACUGCAGUAUUCGUUAUUGCCACCCUGCAACAACUCGAUCCUGAAGGAGAAGCCAACACAACUGUUUUGGUCCUUUGUCACACAAGAGAACUCGCCUUUCAAAUAAGUAAAGAAUAUGAACGCUUCUCCAAAUACAUGCCUAAAAUCAAAGUAGGGGUAUUCUUUGGUGGGAUGCCGAUACGCAAGGACAUCGAAACCUUGACAAAAUCUCCAGUUCACAUCGUUGUCGGAACUCCCGGUCGUAUUUUGGAUCUUGUGAGAAGCAAAACACUGAAGCUGCAAAACGUGAAGCAUUUCAUCAUUGACGAGUGUGACAAGAUGCUGGAUACGCUCGAUAUGCGCCGUGAUGUGCAAGAGAUAUUCCGCAUGACUCCGCACCAAAAACAAGUUAUGAUGUUCAGUGCAACAAUGAGCAAAGAAAUCCGUCCUGUAUGCAGAAACUUUAUGCAAGACCCGUUAGAAAUCUUUAUCGAAAAUGACUCAAAGUUGACCCUGCACGGCCUUCGGCAGCACUAUGUUAAGGUCAAGGAGAACGAGAAGAACAGGAAAUUGUUCGAGCUCCUUGAUGAGCUGCAGUUCAACCAGGUGAUUAUCUUUGUCAAAUCAGUGCAACGGUGCAUGGCGCUAGCUCAGUUAUUAGUUGAUCAGAACUUCCCUGCUAUUGCGAUGCAUCGGAAUAUGGCACAAGAAGAGCGUUUGGAGCGUUAUCAAGCCUUCAAAAAUUUCCAAAAACGACUGCUGGUUGCAACUAAUCUCUUUGGUCGGGGUAUGGAUAUUGAACGUGUCAACAUAGUCUUCAACUACGAUAUGCCAGAGGACUCCGAUACAUACUUACAUCGAGUUGCUCGAGCCGGUCGAUUUGGAACCAAAGGAUUGGCUAUAACAUUCAUAUCAGAUGAGUUGGAUGCAAAAGUUCUCAAUGAAGUACAAAACCGUUUUGAAGUCAAUAUUAGCGAGCUUCCAGAUGUUAUGGAAAUAUCCAGUUAUAUGGAAGAUCGCUGAGUAGCUGUAUUUACUUGUACAUUGUUUUCAGUCCUGUCUAUAUUUCAAAUGCAAAUUUUCAUCAACUGAGUUUUACUUAUUGUAUGGAAGUAAUCAGAAUCAACUAAAUGUUGCGGCCAUGGGAGUACUAGUUCGGUUUUCAGAUCAACGCCUUUCUGCACACCAGUUACCCUAUCGGUAUUGAAUUUGAUUAGACAUGUGGAAAACACGUUGCCCUCAGUCUUCAUGGAGGAGAAAAGUAACAAGUCUGGAGGAAUCUGUAUUAUAACAUGGCGCACAUGUCCUGGCCGUCCACAGGUGAUUUUGGAUGGACCUCUUCGUUUUACUGUCUCCAUCAUUUUACUGAAUGCAGAAUUACAAUGUCUGAUUUAGGAAAUUUAUGCAACUGUAAAAAUCUCUAUACAUGUACAGCCUGGGAUUUAUAAAACUCGGAAAGUGUGACAACUCGAACUGCUUCACUUGUGGACAAAGUUCUGUGCUGAAAUCAGUCAGUCAACCAUCCAAGAUAGUCAUGAAGUGAACAAGACAAGUGAGACUAGAAGUAAUAAUUUAUUGUGACAAAAUACAAUAUACAUUAAGGAAAUCAUAAGCCUUAAAUGAAUCGUAUAAUUUGCAAAUAUCUUUCUUGCCUUCAUUAUUUUAUUGGAUUCUUCUAAGUCUGUUGUCACCUUUUCCUCACUUCUCUACUUCCUUGACUUUUCCGUUGACACUAAAUUAGUAUUGUUUGUGGCGUGACAGUGUAUUAUUUAUGUUUAUAAGUAGCACACUACACAGUAAGUAUCACUAUCAGUUUUGAUGAUCGCUCCGUAUAAUUUUCAAUAUGAACGGCUUUUAGGAAUUAUUAUAGUUGAGACAAAUAAAAUGUACCGAACAAUGAAUUACUAUUUAUGGAAGCUCUUUAAUUUCCCGUUGUUUGAUUCUGCUGAAGUAAAGUACUCAGUCACUGUUGGCAUAUCACCAACUUAUACCAGGCUAUGACGAUGCCUUGAGAUUAAUUUAAUGGGUACUGGUUACGAGUUUCAAUGGAUCAGCACUACUCACUUCAGUGCAGCCGAAGAGACUUGAAAAGAGAGAAACAUGGAUCCUGGAUUCAACUGCUAGCCAUCAAUAACUAAAUAUAGUCAGUUACGACUAUUAAUAGUUAUAUUAGGAUGAAAUAAUUUUUACUGAUUGUCAUACUAAAUCAUAUGACAAUGAAUGACUUAUUAACAUUAAAUCACGUUCAUCUUUAAAAAUAAGCAUUUACCAAUUGUUCGCAAAUUUUUUUUUGAAUAAACUACAUAUCGAAUGUGAUAUGACAUCAUAACGAUUCAAGUUACUUCAUAUUACACUGUUAUAUUAAGUUGGAGAAAAUAUUGAAAGGAAUUUGUUUAUAAAUCACCAAAAAUACCCAUUGAGUAAUGAAGGAAAUAAAAG